CAUUGGGUUUUUUUACAUCGUGUAUUGGUUUUGGUAUUUAAUUAAUACCCCUAAAACUUACUCAAGUUUUUGACAUUGUAAGAACCGCCCUAUAUACACAUGAUAUGUAGUUGAAUGAUGUUGUGAAUUGUUAUUUACAUGGUUAUUCAUGAGAUGCAGAUCAUUGUCUAUGAUAUGCAUGAAGAGUGCGCCGUCCGAUUCAAGAAACUUAUUUCGACAUAUUUCGAGAGUAUAAACACUAGUUAAGUGGAGAACAGAUCCUUCCUUCCCAGCUCAAAAACAUCAAGAAAUCUUGAUUUAAAAAACAAACAUAUAUGGAAUGGAUGUUUUCCCCGAAGAGCGUUAAAUCGUUUUUUCUCGCUUGUAAAGAUACCCCAGCCGUCGCAAAGAUCCAUGCUUUGCUGAUAGUUUCCGGCUACAUUAAUACUGGGAAUUGUAAUACCCAACUCAUAGCCUCGUAUUCUAGAACUGGGGAUAUUGAACUUGCUCACAAGGUGUUUGAUAGAAUUCCUAAGAAACGGGUGGAUGCUUGGAACGCUAUGCUAAUCGCUUACUCUCGUAAAGAUAGUCCUGGUGAAGUAAUUAAUCUAUACCAUGAAUUGAAUUCUGAAGGAAUUAGACCUGACAGCUCCACUUUCACGGUGGCACUCAAGGCCUGCACAAGCAUGAUGAACUUGGAACUGGGAGAAGAGAUUAGAAAGCAAGCAAUCGAGUACGGGUAUGAACAUGAUGUGUUUGUAGGAUCUUCACUGUUGAAUCUCUACGCAAAGUGUGGGAAAAUGAACGACGCACUUAAAGUGUUUGAGAAAAUGCCAAGAAGAGAUGUUGUUUCAUGGACUACGAUGAUAACAGGGUUUGCUCAAAGUGGGAGAGGCGAUGAAGCCAUAGAUAUAUAUCGGCUUAUGCAAAAGGAAGGCAUGAAAGGAGAUCGAAUUGUGAUUUUGGGUUUGAUUCAGGCUUGUGCCAAUGUUAACGAUACAAAAUUGGGUCUUUCUGUACAUGGCUAUCUAAUUAGAAGUCAUCUUCUUCCCAUGGACGUAGUAAUUCAAACCAGUCUUGUAGACAUGCAUACAAAAACUGGAAACAUUGAGCUUGCAGCUCGAGUAUUCAAAUCAAUCCACUACAAGACUAUAGUUGCUUGGAGUGCCUUAAUUUCUGGUUAUGCUCAAAAUGGGUUUGCUAUUAACGCAUUUGAUUUAUUAGUAGAGAUGCAAAGCUUCGGAUUCAAACCAGAUACGACUUCCAUUGUUGGUAUACUUUUAGCUUCUUCUCAAAUCGGGUCUCUGAAACUUUCUAAAUCGCUACAUGGAUAUGUGAUAAGAACGCUAGCUUUGAAUCAAAUUUUAGGCACAACUUUGAUCGAUACCUACUCAAAAUGUGGGUCCCUUCCUUACGCACGCAACGUGUUCGAUGAAAUUCCCCUUAAGGAUACAGUCAUGUGGAACACAAUGAUUGCUAGCUACGGGAGUCAUGGGCAUGGGAAUGAAGCUCUUUUAGUGUUCCAUAACAUGUUAGAAUCAAAAUCAAAACCAGAUCAUACCACUUUUGCUUCUCUUUUAUCAGCAUUAAGUCAUGCAGGUUUAGUAGAAGAAGGUAGGUUAUGCUUCAAGCUCAUGGUUCAUGAAUACAACAUUAACCCAACUGAUAAACAUUAUGCUUGUAUGGCUGAUCUGUUGGCACGUGGUGGACACGUUGAGGAAGCUUAUAAUCUGAUUGGUUCAAUGAAAACUGAACCAGGGCUCGCUUUUUGGGUUGCCCUUUUGUCAGGAUGUCAUAACCAUGGUAAGUUUUCAAUUGGAGAAAUGGUAACUAAAAAGAUCUUGGAGUUGAAUCCUGAUGAUAACUCAGGGAUUUAUGCUUUGAUAUCAAAUUUUUAUGCGAAAGCAAAGAAGUGGGAUGAAGUAGCUGAUGUAAGAAACAAAAUGAAAAGGAGUGGGACAAAAAAAUUGCCUGGUAAUAGUGUUGUGGAAGUAAAUGGAAAGCUUCAUGCUUUUCUUAUGGAAGAUAAGAGCCAUUUUCAGUAUCAAGAAAUCUUGAAAAUCUUGAAAAUCCUCGAUUUUGAAAUGACUUCAACAGAUGUAACCAUAACAACAAUACACACGUCCUAUGAAAAUGAGGUGAAGGGGAGGUAACUAUAAACAGGUAACUGUUGUGCGGAUAAAAUAUAAAAAAAUACAAUAUGCGCCCACACCGAAUGAUGAUGUAUGUCUAAAUACAAAUACAUAACCAUUAUAUCAUCGUUUAUAAAAUUCAUGGUUAAAAUAAAAUAACUAUCAAUUUAAUAAUGAUCAUAUAUAAAAUUCUAUAUAUAAGAGAACUACAAAAUAUUAUUCUUAAAACAGUAAAUUAUUUCUUCUCAUCUCGAUUUUAAAGUAUUUAAACAAAUAAAUGGUUUCAUAUAUAACAAAAAAGAAGGCAUAUCUCACGCUUAUCAAUGUUAUCACCUCAUUCGAAGUAUAU